UCUGUUAAAUGCAAAGUUCUUUUAUUUUGAAGUUGAAGUCUCUUCUGUUUCCUCUCUGGAUCUUUUCUGCAAAACGAUACUUUCCAAAUACGUUUUUUUUUUUGUUCACUUUGCUAUUUUGGCGGUUUCAGUUCUGGACUUACGUCAAGAAUGAGUCAGAUGAUGCAGGGAGAAUCCAGUACUUAUCCAAAAUAACACUUCCUUCAGAAUUAGAUUAAAAAUAAAAACUGGAAAAAAAUGUAGGUCAUAGUUUUUUUUCUCUGUGGGCCGGUACCAACUGUCCCACGGGUCGAUAAUGAUUGCUUUAAAGCAAUUUCUGUGGCAGAGGAUGUAGUUUUGCUGAAAGUCUUCAUUGUGAUGUUGAUAAAUGUUUGAUUUUUGUUCAGUUUACACUGUUUUUUGUCAUGAAAAGUUGAAAAAUAAGGCCAGAUUUUUAAUGAAGUUGUAGUAAACCUGACAUCAUGUUGGUGUAAACCGGAUUCAAGUCCCACCGACGGUCCUGAGCUUAUCCCUGUCAGCACUUGGGCAAAAAUAAAGUGCUGCUUCACAUUCCGGCCUGCAGAGUGGAUAAAGACGCUCAUUUUCCACAACUGCAGGAUGACACUCCGACUCGGAGCCGUUCUGGCAAACAGCAACGUCUGCCGAGACAAAACCGGCGGUGAUCGUGGAGGAACAAAGGGCUGACGGAGGCAGAACCCAGAUGUGAUCAAAGCUGCAGCUGCUGGAAGAGCCUAAUGACCCCGAUGGAGGCUCUGCCGCCGUCGCCCGGCUCAUCACUCCUCGCCAACAGGACACUUACGUGUAAUGGCACCUCCAUUAAAGUUAUUAGUUCCACCCGUACUCUUCUCUGAAUCUUCAGCCAUUCUGUGAAGGAAGCGCUGGUGAUGCAGUGAUCAGUGGAGGAUGAAUGUCGCUCCAAAUGACUGUAAUGGAGAUGGACCCAAUUAUGAAGAAAAGUGGUCGGACGGCGAGCUUCUGGAAGAGAGCAGCUCUGUGCGCGGCGGGACGAGCAUUUCUGCCGGUUUUAACUGCGACUUUCAUGUUUAAUCACAGUAAUUACAGCAAUCGUCACAAAGGAUCAGGAAAUGGAAGAUCCGCUUAAAAAAGGUCUGACAACAAAUCGCAGAUUUUUUUUAUUCCUUUUGGGGAAAAAAUUCCUUAAAAGUUAAAAAGCAACCUCGUUUGCAACCGUAGUUCAUGAGAUCAUAUCGUUCUGCUCAUAAAUUGAUCUAAAACGACAAAACGAAGGAACAGUUUCAUCGUUUUUUCUGAUCAGGCAGAACAUUUCGGACUAAAAACGGUGAAAUCGUGAAAUCAGAUUCUUUUGCAGCUUCACCAGCGAAGAACACCAACGAAAAAUGCAGCAAAAGAAAAGAUCUUCAGACUCCUGAUUUACUUAUAAAAACAGGCAAACCUCCUCCAUGAACGACACACGCCGAUGACAAACAGUUACGCUUAAAUAAACGUCCCUGACCGCCAAACCAGCGCCUCCUAGUGGUGAAUGACAAACUUUACAUCGCAUUUAGCAUUUAAAUCCCUUUUUUUUGAGAGGAUAAAUCAAAUCCCAGCUAAUUACAUUUUACAAACCUCACAGUAAAAUGUUUAAAUUUAAUACUGAGUUUGUUUUUUUAUACUUUAAUUGUUCCAUCACAGUAGUGAUUCUUCAGACACCGUCCUGCAGAUUCCUCAAUUCACUGGAUGAUAAAUUGAAAAAGAAUUGCACCGCCAUGGAGAGGGUGGGGCAGAUAUUAGCAGAUUUAAACUGAAUGUUUCAACUCCAGCGUCUGAAAUGGCUCCAAAUGUUUGACUUUUGCUUUACUUUGUUGAUUUGGGGAAAACUUUGUUCCUUUCUUCCAGAUGUCAAACACGGUUAUUAAAGGAUUUUAUUCCUGAAUGAGUCAGAUUUUCCAAGCAGGUUAAGUAAAUUUAAAAAAGUAUGUUUAAGCUGCGUUUGUUUUCAGUGAUGCUUUCAAAAGAAAAACACAGAGAGAGACGAAUGAAUCCUGACAGAUGGUUUGGUUGAUGCCAAGUUUUUAUCUUCUCCAUUUAAGGAAGACAAAAGGUUUCUCUCAACAAAUCUGACACGGUGAUCUUAAAACUUCAUUCAUAUUCCAGUCAAGAGGUCCAGUAAAAGCACAGAUUUAUGAUGGAGUCACACUGGAAACAUUCCUCUGGUUGUGUUUAAAAAAAGUUUUUUUUCUGUAAACUUUCUGUAGAGCAGUUCCUGCUGCGGCCCCCUCCCCUCUCUAGCUCCCCCCGAAGCCUCCAGGCUGUCACAUGGCAUGUGUGCACUUCCAGUGAAAACCCUCUGGAAUCACGAUGGUGAAAUUCCAUUUUGGGGAAAAAAGCCACGAGCGAGUAACGACGCGGCUCAUGAGUGACGCUCGGCCUGACGGAGGGCCGCGCCGCAUCCAGGAAAAGGGAAUGUGCGGCGUGAUAAGUCCAUUUCCUGCUGAGAUGCGAAGCGUCAAUCAUGGGUGCAGCGUCACAACCCGUUUCCCUCGAACACAUUGUUCUAACAGAGCGAAGGAAAACAAAGGUCUUAAGGCGGCGUUCUACAGUUUGGAGCCACACCCAGCAGGAGGCUGGCAGCCGGCACAGGUGUGUCCGUCCGUCUGAUCCCCAGGGAUCGGCUGGGAUUCACUCUGCGAUGUUCAGACAAGGGCGCUGGACUGUGACUGUGAGGGGUUUACUCACCACGAGCUCAACGGCACGCCUCAACCACACACCGGACCUCAACCACACACCAGACCUCAACCACAUACCGGGCCUCAACCACAUACCGGGCCUCAACCACACACCGGGCCUCAACCACACACCGGGCCUCAACCACAUACCGGGCCUCAACCACACACCGGGCCUCAACCACACACCGGACCUCAACCACACACCAGACCUCAACCACACACCAGACCUCAACCACAUACCGGGCCUCAACCACAUACCGGGCCUCAACCACACACCGGACCUCAACCACACACCAGACCUCAACCACACACCAGACCUCAACCACAUACCGGGCCUCAACCACAUACCGGGCCUCAACCACACACCGGACCUCAACCACACACCAGACCUCAACCACAUACCGGGCCUCAACCACAUACCGGGCCUCAACCACAUACCGGGCCUCAACCACACACCGGGCCUCAACCACACACCGGGCCUCAACCACACACCGGACCUCAACCACAUACCGGGCCUCAACCACAUACCGGGCCUCAACCACAUACCGGGCCUCAACCACACACCGGACCUCAACCACACACCAGACCUCAACCACAUACCGGGCCUCAACCACAUACCGGGCCUCAACCACACACCGGGCCUCAACCACACACCGGGCCUCAACCACACACCGGACCUCAACCACAUACCGGGCCUCAACCACAUACCGGGCCUCAACCACACACCGGGCCUCAACCACACACCGGGCCUCAACCACACACCGGACCUCAACCACACACCGGGCCUUCUGCACGAAAAGCUGCUGCUCUGCAGAGCAACCAGCUGACCUUUACUCCCAAAAAUUUUAAAGAUUACACAAGCCUGCAGGUGGAACUCAGGUUCAAUAUUACUUUUUUUUUUAAAGUGGGAGGAAAAAAGGCCUUUAUUUUUGUAAAAAAAAAAAAAAAUUUGUUUGGAGUAAAGGACAUAUCUUAUGAAGAUGAUUCAUUUUUUAGAUCUCUGAUGUGUAAACUGUGAGAUUAAAAGUCAAAAUAAAAAGAUAAAAACCUGUUUGGGACAAAAAUCUCAUUUGCAAACAAGAUGUUUACAUGAGAGUGAGAGGACGACAGCUCAGAAUGAGCCGAACUCCUUCAACAAGACAGAAAAAUACUGUUAAAUGAACAAUAUUAUGAAAAAUAAAUGAUACAGGGUUGAAAUAAGUCACUAAUGUUUUUAAUGUCAUUAAAGACACUCUAAUCAUCUUUUGAUCCAAGUGUUCUUUUAAUUAUGAUGAUGCUGUUUUUA